AUGGCCUAUGCUUCUCCAAGUCCUACCCCAGCUUUUCGCGAUGAUGAUGAUGCCUCUACUACUCCCACCAGAUCUUCAUCAAAAACGCUAGCGGACCCCAGACCGUCGCCUUCAGACCGUUUGCUUAAGCGUGCUAGGCUGACUAAAAUGUGCCCCACGCCGCCGCCCACUCCAGUGUUUCGCCUGGUCUCGCUGGGCUCGAUGGCUAGAAGAAGGAACGCUCGUCUUACACGUAUGGCUUCUCCAGAAAUUGAAGGCCCAGACUCGCCAGUUCCUGAACUUACAGACCUGGAGUUCCAGUUUAGUACGCCUUUCUGUUCAGACGCGUCCGACUCGGAAUCGCUUCCUGAGCUUGUGGAUGACUCGUCCUCACCUAGCUCCAUCCAGAGCCCCGCCACGCCCUUCAGACCAAGAAUUACCUACUUUGACAGUUUCGAACUGCCUUUGAAGAGGCUCUCUCUGGCUCCAGCAAUCACACCUCCAAAGUUCAGUCGGUUUGUCGAUACACCUUUGGAACUGCCAUUUUCGCAGCCAAUUCUGGCUCCCACCUACCAGCCAGCAUUUUCGCAGCCAACUCCAGUUUCGCAGCCAUCCAUCUUUGAGAUCCCAGAGUUGGUUCAUAAAAUUAUCGUCUAUGCUGAUGCUCAGAAUACUGUGGUGCCUAGAGAAAAGACUCCUGUUUGCCGGAAACCACUUUCUUACCGCCAUGCUAUGCUCGUGCACGGAAACGAGAAGGCUGCUAAGAUGGCUAUGGAGGGAGCCUUCACUAUGGAAGAAGAAGGCCAGCCACAAACCACACUGAGCGUGCUUCACACCUGCUUGCUUGUUAACAAACUUUUUCAUCGCGUUACAAAAGAGGUUCUUGGGGAGAAACUCUUUUUCACCGACGAGAGAACGUUUAACCAGUUUGCAGCCACCAAACCCCAGCAUUUCUACGAUGGCAUGUCUCCCAAGACGUUGGUGCUCAGCAAAAUGUUCCACCUUCGUCAAAGCCACUUUAAUCAAAUCGAGUCCAAGAUUGAUUUGAGCAGGCUCGAGUGGCUUGAGAUGUACAUGUGCCCCAAGAUCACACCUACCCUUAAUUUCUUGCAGCCAAGCUUGAAGACGUUUAUUGUUACGGGAUCCAAAGCGCUUGACGACUCUGUUUUGGUUGAAGUCGCCAAAAGGUGUCCUAACCUUCAAGUCUUGGAUGUCAGAGCCUGUGAAAACGUCACAGACCAUGGAAUCUACAGCAUAGGGCAAACAUGCAAAAAGCUCACCACACUUAAUUUAGGCCGCAAAAGAAGAGGCCACUUAAUCACCGACCACAGCGUCUGCGCUGUUGCCGUUAAUAAUCCAAACUUGACCACCGUUGGUGUUGCCGGGUGCUACAUCACGGACCGUUCUAUUUGGCAAUUAACCUUGACUUGUGGAAAGCGCCUUGAAAGGCUUUCCUUGAACAACUGCCCUUACGUCAGCGACCAGUCCAUCCCCGUCGUGCUCCACCACAAUUUAUUGAAAUGCCUUACGGUUCUCGAAAUAAGGUUUGUUAACAGAAUCACUAACUUUGAGCCAAUCAUCGCAUACAAGAGACGCCAGGCUGCCCGUGGAUUGAUCGUCCUUGUGGAAACCUGUGAAGAACUCUUCAUGCGUAUGAGAGAUCAGGCCAAAACCAUGGAUCGUAUGAUUCUGGAAAGAGUCGUCAGGGAUAUCAGCGAAUGGGCUAACGGAAAGGAUGAAGAUAUGGCAGUAGCAGACCUUCUCAGAACGAGAAGCGUCCGUUCUGCCCGCGUAUAA